AUGCUGGCUUGGUUGGUUUGCUUGGCGUUCGUCGCUCUGGCCUCAGCACAGGGGAAAACUAGAAUUCCUUGUGGACUCCCGCCGUUCACUACAAAGUUACCAAACAAGCAAGCGGAUCAACUGAGAGAAGUCUGGGCGAAUUACAAAAAUGGGACCGAAUGCAUGAACGAGCAGAAACGGACGUUUGAAAUAGUGGCCUCACUUACCGAAGCGGAACGUGCCGCUGUUUUCGAGUUCAAAGCAGAACCAAUCACAGUUGACGACCACUUCGAUACCACCCCACGUUUUAUCAAAAUGUUGCCUCUGAAUGUAAAGGAAGGAUUCGAUGCUAUUUGGAUGAACGACACAUUGGUUGAUGCUGAAAAGCACAAGCUGCUUCGAGAGUACGCUGACAAGAACUUCAACGCGGAGCAAAAAGCAGGCUUUGAAGAGUGGUUAGCUGAGAUUGUGAAGGCAAAAAAGGCUAUGGAUCAACGAAUCGGUAAACUCAGCGCUAAGUCAAGAGAGCUGUUCGACAAAGUUGUUAAGAUACGUGAAGAGGAACGAAAACUCCUGCAAUCGAUCACACCAGAUAUGGCAGAAGAACUGUCCGGCCUGCUCUGA